UCCUAAAAACUAACAGAAAAAAAUACUUUAUAAAGAAGAACUUAAUUUAAUUUGAAUCUUCAGAAAGAAGAAAGUUAUAAAUUAAACAAUGGAAGACUUUCAACCGUACAGUCAAACUGAUUCAGGCGACUGAGGAUUAAAUGAGCCGGGCUAUUAAACAUAAGAAUAUUUAUUAUUUAUUCUGAUUGUGGCAAAAAGAACCAGACAAGGAGAAUUCAUAUAAACAAGAUGUUUCAAUAAAUCCCUGAUGAAGAUCCACCAUGUCAGCAUCAGCUGAAACCAUGAAAGAAAUGAAAACAGGAUUAAAAGGAUCAGAAUAUUUAGCAGGAGAGGAUCGUCUGUGAUAAAUCAUGUUUUAAAUAUAGAACUCAAACUUUUUAAUAACAUUUGGGAUGAAGGUUCAAUUCUGACCAGUUAAGAGCAUCAAUAUUACAAUUUAAUAAAGAAAAUUUAAGUAACUAUAGAGGCAAAGCUUUAACAUCUGACAUGAUGGAGAAAGGUUUAAUUAGCAGAUGAAUACAUGUUUUUAAAUAGAAUUUAUAAUAAUGUGGUUUCACAGCAGACCAACAGGAGCUGCAUUAGUUACAGUUUGUAAUGAGGAGGUGAGGUUAGGGUUAGAACAGCUAAAUAAUUCUCUGUAUUUAAUGAGAAGGAUCAGGAACUGACAGGAUGCUGUGGAGCCUGCACUGAUGAAGAUACUGAUGAGGAGGGAAGAGAGGAAGGACCCGGAUGAAGUUUGGAAGGAAUACUGGACCAGAGGGGACAAAGAGGAAAUACACUCCUCCACAUGUCGGUUUUCUCUCAGAGCUUCUCUCCCUGCGGACGCUUCCUGGCUGCUGGAAACAACUACGGAGAGAUCGGCCUGUUCAGCCUGGCAGCCGCUCUGAGUCCAGAUGCUACAGCAGCCAAUCGGAAGCCUGUUUUGACCUUCACAGCUCAUGAAGGUCCAGUCUUCAGUCUCCUGUCCACCGACUGUGUCCUGCUGAGCGCAGGAAACGGAGAGGUCAGCGCCUGGAGCUGGACCGAGCUCAUUAAGAAGAACGUGAAGCCUCUGUGGACCAAGAGACCAGACUACAACAGGUCCGGUCUGGAGAUCCCAGAGAUCAACUCCAUGGCCCUGAGCCAUCAGGACAACAGCCUGGUGGUCGGAGCGGGGGACAACAACGUCCACGUCCUGGACCUGGAACACGGAGUCUUUAAGACUGUCCUGAAGGGUCACACCGACUACGUGCACUGUGUGUGCGUCCGCGAGCGGGAGGCGGAGCUUCUGUCCGGCAGUGAGGACGGAACCGUCAGGAUGUGGGACAGCAGGACGGGUCAGUGCGUUCACUGCAUCGAGGUGCACAAGUACGAGAGCUGCACACGGCCUCAGUACGGGAAGUGGAUCAGCUGUGUGACCACCGACUCUGAUUGGAUGCUGUGUGGAGGGGGUCCCUCCUUGUCUCUGUGGCAUCUCCGCUCUCUGUCUCCGACCUCAGUGUUUCCUCUGAGCGGCUGCCAGCGACAGACCGCCUUCCACCAGGACAUGAUCCUGGCGGUGGGGGAGGGUGCGUUCGUGUCUCACUGUCUGCUGGGCGGAGAGGUCAAAGCUCAGAUUCCGUGCACGUCGUYGAGCCUCAACACGCUGCAGAUGAACAGCAACAGCUCCGAGCACCGGGUGCUGACGGUGGGCGGCAGCAGCAGCCACGUGGAYGUGUUCACCAACCUGUCGUACCGAGCCUUCUCACUCAGCUUCUGAUGAUAAAACAAUAAAAUGUUUUCUACAAAA